AUUGUUAGUCAUAUAGGACCAAUAUUUGAUGGUUCUAUUUAGUCAAUAGAGUUAAGAGGUAGAGGUUCACCUUGUAUUGAUUAAUAUACAGUCAAUUUUGUGUUAUUAGGAGGUAAAGCAUUUCAGACUUCUACUGGUUGCUAUAUACAGCGAUAGAGAGAAAUGGCCAAAGGAAAUUGCAAUUAGUUAAUUAUAAAGGUAAAUACAAACAUAUGUGUUACCAUAACAACUGCAGAAACAGACCAUCGCCUUGGUGAAUGUCAGUCAAAGAAAUGUACAAAAUGUGUACGCUUGGAUGGACUUAAACUAUAGAACAUGAAAAAUGGUGAUGUUGAAUAUGACUUUAAUAUUGUAAAUACAUUUAAUAUUGAUGACGAUUGAACAGAAGGAAAUAUCCUCAGAUUAUUGAUUCAAAUUAAAGUUAGAAAUGGCUGCUGACAUCUCAAUACCUCCACGAUCAUCAUCUAGGACCUCUUUACCCGAGCCCAAAUCUCCUCGACCCAAUUCCUCAAUUUCACGUCCUCAUUCAGGCAGAUCUGUGUUCAGUGAUUUUGGGCACUCGAGUAAAUUGAUGCUUUUUGGCCAAGAUGAGACUUCACUGACUGAUGAUGAGGCUUCCCUCCAGGACUUGGCAAGGCAAGUGAUGUCACACAUCGAGUCAUUUGAAAAUGAUGAAUGGAAAACUAUUGAGGAGAUCCACAGACUUCAUAAAAAGAUUCUGAACAGAAAACAGGGUACUGAACUCGUAGCUCAUAUGAAGCAUGCAAAAUUGAAUAGUCGCUGGUGGGGUGCUAAUCCAAAAACUGUGUUUGAAGGGAGAGGGUCCUUAACACGUUUAGACACAUUUAAGAAAAUUCUUGUAUUUAAAACCAUGCAAUGGUACAAUGUUAAGGAUCGAUCCUUAGAAUUUGGGACUAAAAUUGAAACUCCAGGAGUAUAUUACUUUCAACAUAAACAUAUUCCAUACGUAAGGUUUGCAGGAUGCGCCAGGAAUAACAUUCUUGAGACAUGCCAAAAUCAUAUCAAUGGUGCACUUUCUGGAAAUCUAGAAUACCAAAUAUUUGAAACUUUGUUACUGAUCACCAAGGCAACAGAUUGGGAGUUUUUCUUUUUGCCAAUAGGUGACACUGACCGUCACAAUGUAAUCCUGAAUGACACAAUCCUUGAGUAUAACACUUUGUGGCCAUAUGGAGCCAAUAUGGAGUUAGUCAUCCAAAAGGAGAUAAUGAAUGAUUUGAUGACAUCUUGUGUGUCACAUCGAUGGCCUCCAAUGACAUCUGGUCCUGAUGAUAGACCUAUAUCAAGAGCAUCUAAUGCAGAUCUCACCCCACUCACUGCUUCCAUUCUUAAGACCCUACAAGACAUUGACUAUCCAGUAUUUGCUAAGUUCAUCCUACGUGGGAUACCAAGGGGCCUCCAGGGGUAUGACAGAGAAGUCAAAACCAUGUAUGAUCUGGUAAGAGAGAUAAAAUCACGGGAUGUAGCAUUUAUGGAAAAUGACUCUGAAAAGCUUGAGAAAAUCUAUGAAUUCCACCAAAAAUCUUUUACCUCUAAAGAUCCAGAGAGCUAUAACACAUUCAGGAAAAAUAUGAGAUUUGGUAGUGGUUGGUGGGGCCAUAGUGAGGAUGUAGCAUUCCAUAAGUUUAACCCUGGUUUACUUGAUCUGAAAAUUUUCCGUGAACUACUGCUCGAGAAGGCAGAGGAAUGGUACCCUACUGGCACACCACUGUUUGAUAGAAUAGCUGAAAGUGGUGUUUUCUGCUUCCAACAUAAGAAAAUCCCAUACUUCCGUUAUGUCGGCCAAACUGAUAAUAUCCUGGAGUUCUGUCGCGUCUUGAUCUCUGAUUGCCUCAUCGGAAGGCUCGAUUAUUGUCACCUGGCAACCCUGUUGCUAUGUACUACAUCAGAUGAGUGGUAUUUCUGCUUUGUUAAUGCCACUGAACCACAUGAACUUGAUAUACUGGAGAAUGACAUGAUGCUCAAACAUGAUACGGUGUGGCCGUAUGGACUGAACCUUAACAUUCAUAUGACCUACUGGUGUGUACCUAAAUUUCGUGAAAGCUGCUUGGUUCACAAAUGGCCCCCAUCAAACAGAGACACUGACAUUGUUCAGCCCCUUCCAAAGCAUCUGAAGAAUCCAACCACUGAUCCAUCUAAUGGUACUGGCCCAUUUAAACAUCUCACUUAUGAUAUCCUAAGCAGAGAUAACACAAUGACACUCGAAGAGAAAAUCAAUGAGUUCCGCACACAUUCAUACCACCUCACAAAACCUGGUGAAAUCCUAACCAUUGAAUCAUGCUAUGGUGGACAAACACCCCAAGCUACAAAUGACAAAGAUGAACCAACUCAAAGUGAUCCGAUACCUACAAAUGACUUGCUAGCUGUUGACACAAAUGAUGAUGCAAAAAGUGAGAAAACUGGACGUGACUCUACAUUCAGCUCUUAUUCUUGGAGAUCUGAUGGUACUACCCUAACUUUAACUGACUCUUCGGUUGCUGUAGACACAACUAUCCAAGCCACUGAUCAACCCAAGUUCAAGGUUAUUGAAGGCAUGGCAUACAUUGUUAAGCCAACAAUAGGUCAAGAAGACACUCACAAUACAAGUAUCGACAAGAAGCCUAAACAUGUGGAUGCUACAAUAGCUGGCAGUGAUAAUCCUACUCAGAAUGAACCACCACCUGAAAAACUACUUACUGGUGACGCUAGUUGUAUUACAAAAGAUGAAUCAAAUAGUGAAUUGACAUCACCCCAUGACUCUACCAAGGCCCCUUUAGAUGAGUCAGUCAGAGGAUCACCCACUCGACUAACUGAUUCACCAACAAGGGCGCCAUCAGCAUUGGCAUCGUACCCAAGAAAAUCAAGCUUGAAAAAGAAAACUGUUACUAUCAAUGAAGGUGCCAAUAUUGCUAGUAAAAGUAAAUAGCCAAAAUUCAAUGUGCCAAAAAUGUUGUUCUCUAUAAUUCAUAUCUGUAAGUUCUGUCAAUGAGAUUUAGUUAAGUUUUGUAUUUUUGUUCUUCAUUGGCCCUGCAUGCUUCUUUGAUAACUAGCAAUUCAUACGCCUACUGU